AUUAAUAAUUUUUUCAAAAAGCCUAAAGAGGUCUCUAGUCUUCUUUGAAUUUGCCUCGUGGUGUCAGCCUGAAAUCUGAAUUCCCCUUUUCAGCAAAAACACUCCAUCAAGAUGGGUAAAGUUAAGUGCUCAGAACUCCGCACCAAGGACAAAAAAGAGUUGCAAAAACAACUUGGUGAUUUAAAAACUGAAUUGACCAAUUUAAGAGUUGCCAAAGUAACCGGUGGUGCUCAAUCAAAAUUAUCAAAAAUAUGUGUUGUACGUAAAGCAAUUGCCCGUGUAAAUAUUGUUAUGCAUCAAAAACAAAAAGAAAAUAUUCGUCUUCUUUAUAAAAAUAAAAAAUACAAGCCUCUUGAUAUUAGACCAAAAAAGACAAGAGCAAUCCGCAGAAAAUUGACUCCAUUCCAAGCUGGUCUUAAAACACUUAAGACUGUCAGGAAAAUGUCAGCCUGGCCACAAAGAAAAUUUGCACUCAAGGCCUAGGUUAACAAUUAUUUCUUAAUUCAAUAAAGAAAUAUUAAAAUAUA